AUGGAAGACAGCAGGGCGCUUGACUUUGAGCUUGUGGAGAAGUCGACUUUCCUGGAGUACUUGCCAGUUCGCCAGAUGAGGCGCUCUGCAAGUUGUCACGGGUGCCGCGACCAAAAUGGCUCCAUGCAGUACCUUCUGCCAGAGGCGCCUGCUAGCACCAGCGGCAUGAGCUUGGCCGGCGCCAACUUGGCUCAGCCCGGCUCAGAAGGGACGUCGCCAGAAGGAAGCCCUCGCAGCGACUCUGUCAGGAUGGAGACUCUGAGCACAGGCGAGAGCACCACGUGCUGGGAAGAAGAUUCUCAAGACACACCCUUCGGUCGAGAGCCCGAGUGGUCUGUUGGGUCAAUGCUCCAUCCGCAGCGCUGCAAGCCUUGUGCUUGGUUUUGGCGGCCGACUGGCUGCGCCAGAAGCGCAGACUGCCAGCACUGCCACGCUUGUUUGCCUGGUGAACUGCUGAAGCGCAGGAGGCAGAACCGUGCCCUCGCCAAGUCCCUUCGCAAGCUUGCGAAAGAGUCCCCGGCGAUGCCAUGCCUUGCCUACGCUCAGAUGGGCUCAGGUUGA